CUUAUCAGUAUGAGGAAAAAAAAAUCCUGUGUCAUUUAGAAAGGGAAAAACCAUCUUCGAUUCAGUUCGUUUUAGUCCUUUUAACAGAGCAUAUCUCUGCUGAGACAGAACAUCUCUCUGCUGAGACAGAACAUCCCUCUGCUGAAACAGAACAUCCCUCUGCUGAGACAGAACAUUCCUCUGCUGAGACAGAACAUUCCUCUGCUGAAACAGAACAUCCCUCUGCUGAGGUAAACAAAUAAUUUUAUUUUUGUUUAGCAAAUUAGCCAAUUAUUUGAGUGUUUUAUUAUUCUUUGUGUUAUAUUUAACAGAUAGCAAGUAUUCUGAGUUGUAGCAAUAAGAUUCCAAUAAUGUGAAACUUUGUUAUGGAUUACUUAGUUACAAUAUGUCUUAAAAGAAUUCGGCAAUUAUUUUUUGCUUUAAAUUAUUAUGUCAGGCUGUUAACCAAGAUAAGACUUACACCAUAAAAAGCUUAAGCAGCUGAAGAAAUAAAUGAUGUGCGUGAAAAGUAAUGUCAGACGUGUCUGAUGAGAUGUCUUAACAUAAAAAAAGCUCUGCACAAAUUGUAUAACAGUAGCACAGCAAAAUACCGUCAUCUGAGGACAGACGUGUUUUGGGGAUUCAAGAAUUGGAAGAUUGAAAAUUUAAAAAAAAAACGCAGACAGUAUUAGACACACGCAAACAUCAUUUGACACACACAAACAUCAUUAGACACACGCAAACAUCAUUUGACACACACAAACAUCAUUAGACACACGCAAACAGCAUUAGACACACACAAACAGCUUUAGACACACGCAGACAGUAUUUGACACACGCAAACAGCAUUUGACACACACAAACAACAUUAGACACACAAACAGCAUUAGACACACAAAUAACAUUAGACACACGCAAACAACAUUUGAAAAAUACAAAGAGCAUUAGACACACGCAAACAGCAUUAGACACACACAAACAGCAUUAGACACACGUAGACAGUAUUAGACACACGCAAAAUGCAUUAGACAAACGCAAACAGCAUCAGACACAUGCAAACAGUGUUAGACAUACUCAAAGAGCAUUAGACACACACACACAGCAUUAGACACACGCAAACAGCAUCAGACACAUGCAAACAGCAUUAGACACACACAAACAGCAUUAGACACACACAAACAGCAUUAGACACAAUCAAACAGCAUCAGACACACACACAGCAUUAGACACACACAAACAACAUUAGACACACGUAGACAGUGUUAGACACACGGAAACAGCAUAAGACACAAACAAACAGCAUUAGACACACACAAACAGCAUUAGACACACGCAGGCAGUAUUAGACACACGCAAACAGCAUUUGACACACACAAACAUCAUUAGACACACGCAAACAGCAUUAGACACACACAAACAGCUUUAGACACACGCAGACAGUAUUCGACACACGCAAAAAGCAUUUGACACACACAAAGAGCAUUAGACACACACAAACAGCAUUAGACACACGCAGACAGUAUUUGACACACGCAAACAGCAUUUGACACACACAAAGAGCAUUAGACACACGCAAACAGCAUUAGACACACACAAAAAGCAUUAGACACACGCAAAAAGCAUUAAACACACACAAACAGCAUUAGACACACAAACAGCAUUAGACAUACGUAUUCAGUAUUAGACACAUGCAAACAGCAUUAGACACACACAAACAGCAUUAAACACACGCAAACAGCAUUAGACACACACAAACAGCAUUAGACACACGUAGACAGUGUAGACACACGGAAACAGCAUUAGACACACAGAAACAGCAUUAGACACACACAAACAGCAUUAGACACACACAAAAAGUAUUAGACACACAAACAGCAUUAAGCACACACAAACAGCCUGAGACACACGCAAACAGUAUUAGACACACGCAAACAUCAUUUGACACACACAAACAUCAUUAGACACACGCAAACAUCAUUUGACACACACAAACAUCAUUAGACACACGCAAACAGCAUUAGACACACACAAACAGCUUUAGACACACGCAGACAGUAUUUGACACACGCAAACAGCAUUUGACACACACAAACAACAUUAGACACACAAACAGCAUUAGACACACAAAUAACAUUAGACACACGCAAACAACAUUUGAAAAAUACAAAGAGCAUUAGACACACGCAAACAGCAUUAGACACACACAAACAGCAUUAGACACACGUAGACAGUAUUAGACACACGCAAAAUGCAUUAGACAAACGCAAACAGCAUCAGACACAUGCAAACAGUGUUAGACAUACUCAAAGAGCAUUAGACACACACACACAGCAUUAGACACACGCAAACAGCAUCAGACACAUGCAAACAGCAUUAGACACACACAAACAGCAUUAGACACACACAAACAGCAUUAGACACAAUCAAACAGCAUCAGACACACACACAGCAUUAGACACACACAAACAACAUUAGACACACGUAGACAGUGUUAGACACACGGAAACAGCAUAAGACACAAACAAACAGCAUUAGACACACACAAACAGCAUUAGACACACGCAGGCAGUAUUAGACACACGCAAACAGCAUUUGACACACACAAACAUCAUUAGACACACGCAAACAGCAUUAGACACACACAAACAGCUUUAGACACACGCAGACAGUAUUCGACACACGCAAAAAGCAUUUGACACACACAAAGAGCAUUAGACACACACAAACAGCAUUAGACACACGCAGACAGUAUUUGACACACGCAAACAGCAUUUGACACACACAAAGAGCAUUAGACACACGCAAACAGCAUUAGACACACACAAAAAGCAUUAGACACACGCAAAAAGCAUUAAACACACACAAACAGCAUUAGACACACAAACAGCAUUAGACAUACGUAUUCAGUAUUAGACACAUGCAAACAGCAUUAGACACACACAAACAGCAUUAAACACACGCAAACAGCAUUAGACACACACAAACAGCAUUAGACACACGUAGACAGUGUAGACACACGGAAACAGCAUUAGACACACAGAAACAGCAUUAGACACACACAAACAGCAUUAGACACACACAAAAAGUAUUAGACACACAAACAGCAUUAAGCACACACAAACAGCCUGAGACACACGCAAACAGUAUUAGACACACGCAAAAAGCAUUAGACACACGCAAACAGCAUUAGACACAUGCCAACAGCAUCAGACACAUGCAAACAGUGUUAGACACACACAAAGAGCAUUAGACACACACAAACAGCAUUAGGCACACGUAGACAGUAUUAGAAAUACUCAAACAGCAUUAGACACACAAACAGCAUUAGACACAUGCAAACAGCAUUAGACACACACAAACAGCAUUAGACGCACGUAGUCAGCAUUAGACACACACAAUCAGUAUUAGACACACGUAAACAGCAUUAGACCCACUCAAACAGCAUGACACACACAAACAAUAUUAGACACACGCAAACAGAAUUAGACACACGCAAACGGUAUUCGAGACACAGUUUUAGACACACAAAAAGUAUAAAACACACAAACAGUAUUUGACAAACACAAACAGUCGUAGUUGGUGAGCACAAAAACGCAGUAAUAAAAAGAAGACACGUACAUGGCUUGACAUUUACAUUUCAGCGUCCAUCAGAUCAACAAACGCCCAAAAAAUGCUACAGGGCAUCGCGUCUAGGACGAUAACUUUCGUUGUGCUGUCGAUGCUGGUAGGUGGACGUCUCUGCCUCGUCACCACCAUCGAAAGCAUCAGGACCAAUUCAACAACUUCACUUUACCAGGGGAACAUUAAGACCAAACAGUUCGACCACGAAACCUAUUACCUGGGAACGUUUCUGGGAAUUCCUUACGCUCGUCCAUCGGCUGGACGCUUCUCACGCGCCGAGCCAAUAGACAAUGACAACUUAACACAAGCUUUCGAUUUCCAAAAUAUAUGCUACCAGAAGGUGGACCCGACGAAUGAAUGCCAGCGAGGCAGGGCCAUGAGCGAAGACUGUCUGUAUUUGAAUGUUUACACGCCACUGAGAAGAAACUACACGCCCCCUACUAACGGGAGCGCAGAUCAUUUAUCAAACGCCGUAUCUGGGGCGUAUCCGGUUUACGUUUUCAUCCACGGAGGGGCGUUCUUUAGAGGCAAUGGCAACUGCUACGAUCCGUCCACCUUGGCGGCGUUCGGGGAAAUAAUCGUGGUCACCGUCAAUUACAGGCUCGGGCCUUUCGGGUUCGCCACGACAAGUGAUGACGUCAUCUCAGGAAAUAUGGGGCUCUGGGAUCAACACGAGGCGCUGAAGUGGGUGAAUAGGCACAUCCGAGAGUUUGGAGGGGAUCCUAAGCGGGUCACCCUCGGCGGUCAGUCCGCGGGGAGCUACAGCGCCCUCUUCCAGGCUCUCUACGAAGGCAACGAUGAUCUUUUUCAGAGGGUCAUCGCCCAGAGCGGCACGCCGGCGGCGAGAAAAAGCAUCAACACCAGGGGCUACGCGACCACGCUGAAACUUGCCCGGGCGAUGAGUUGUAAGAUUGAGGACCCCAAGAACAGCGCCGAGAUCAACGCGUGUCUGAUCAACCAGAACGCAACGGAUCUGGCUGAGAAGGUAAUAUCGAGUUUGAUUCCAUCUAGCCUUCCGUUCCAGCCAACGCUCGAGCGCGAAUUCGUGACAGAAGACGUCCACAAGUUUCUGACGGCGUCGGCGAGAAAUGAGCCGACGGAUCCCAAGCUGAUCCCAGCAAAUUUCACCAAAAAGGAUUUACUCAUCGGCUUCAACGCUGAGGACGGGGAGGUAUUCUACAGGUUGUGGGCCGUCAUCUUGAAUGAUAAACUCGUCAACGAUUCAAUGAGACAAGACGCCAUCCAUCGAACCAUAGACAUGAAUUUAUUGAAAUCGAUCAUUUUCAGUGUGGUGGCCGAAAGUUCAGACAGCAAUAUCGAUGACUACGCGCGUGAGAUAGAAGCCAUCAUGGAACGGUACGUCGACUGGGAAAACCCGGAUCUCAACAGAACAAGCAACCAGGCCGUUAAAUUGCUGACCGAUGUGUUCUUUGCGGUCCCCGUGGUAGACACGGCGCUGAGCCGCAUCAACGAAGCUGAUUCCGCGACAACAGCCAGCGGGACGUCGGAGCGUGGUGGAGACUCUGAAGACGGAAGUACGUUCGUGUACAGGUUCAGACUGCCCAACACAAACCCCAGGUUUAAAGAGACGACGCUGAGCUGGUUUGAAGGCACCGAGCACAGCGCCGAGAUCCCGUACGUCUUUGGCUGGGUCAGCGGGUCUGAGGAGGUCCGGCUGUCCAAGCAGGUGAUGACCUACUGGUCAAAUUUCAUCAAAACCGGGUGUGUACAGUUGUUGGUGUCAGUCGUAAUGUUCUUAGAUCAUUUAAAUCUAAUCCGUGCAUCCCAACAGUUGGUACAUAAACUUCGCCUGUGGGCAUUUAAAAAAUUUGUUUUAAGAGAAAAUAUUUCUUCUAAUUUUAUAUUAAUUUCAUCAAUCACCAGUCACCAGAAUUUUUUGUGAAACUUGUUUUCUAAAUCACAAUAUCACAAAGCAUUAUCACUUAUGACCAAUGGAGGGAACACCCUUGUUGUAACAUUUGGCUUCUAUAUAUUCUUUUUUAUUCACGCGAUGUAGUUAAAUACAUCAACGUUAAUUGAGGUAUUGCCAUCAUGCUCAUAAUUGCCAUUAAGCCCUCUCCACAAUUCAAACUGUGAAUAUUAUGAAACAAGGAUAAUUUGUUAUAAGUUACUAUGCAGCAGAUUUAUGAGCUAUGUAUCUCAUGGAUAAAAUUGUACUUCGUUGACUAAUUUUUAAAUUAUAUAUAUUUUUUUUUAAUUUGUAAAAAUUAGGCACCCCAACACACCAGCAACCAACAAUGACGUCGCCGAGACUGAAUGGAAGAAGUUCACCGCGACUGAGCAAAGCUAUCUGGAAAUUUCCGCCACGUCGGAGAUGAAGGGUCGUCUGGUCGCCAGCAGUCGUCACUUCUGGCGAGACUUUCUGCCCUCCAUGACGCAACAUUACAGGGAAAGUUUUGACUCGGGUGUUCAGAGUGUCAAGUGUCCACCGCCCGGGAAAUCAAACUCGGGCAACGAUGGAGACCGGAUGACAGGAUCUGGACUUGUCUUAGUGGGACUUUUAAUGGCUAUUGAACUGGGAUAUUUAAUUUAGACCAAUAUCAGUUUAUUUUAUUUCAGUUUGUUUUUUUUAAAACGUGUCAGAGGAUUUAGACAUGUGACUUAGACGUUUCUUCAUUAUUCUUGACUUAAACCCAAAUUAUUAUUAUUUUUAUUUUUUUGAGGCAAAACACCAAAUAUUUCGUUUAUUAGAAUCCAUUAUUAAAAAAAAAAAAAAAAAACUACGUGGCUUUAAAGCAGCGGUUUUCAACUUGUGGGUCAUGACCCCUGAACUACUCUUACACACGGGUCGCCUAAGACAAUCGGGAAAAAAAACACAUACUUAUCAAGUAGCAACGAAAAUGAUUGUGUGGGUGGGGGUCACCACAACACGAGGAACCGCAUUAAAGGGUCGCGGCAUUAGGAAGGUUGAGAACCACUGCUUUAAAAAAAAGUUAUUUUAAGAUUUAACAUAACUAUUUCAUAUUAAAAUAUCACAUCCUGACAACUGACCAUGUAGAACAAUGGCGUUGCACUUUUAACGGUAUUCAUCUCAUGUUCAUGUGAGUUGUAAUCUGCAUGUGUGGUUUCGAUAACACGGUUGCUUGCCUAAAUCCCGCGGGCCACUUCCGUCCCGUCAAUGGCCCUUAACCCGGCCCGCCUGGCCGCCUUGUAUCUGUGACAAAAAUAGAGUCGAACUUUUGCCAACUAUUUAGCAAAAAGCAGGCCAAUUCUAACCAAAGUAGGCCAACACUAUACCAAGUAGGCCAAUACUACACCAAGUAGGCCAAUACAACCCAAAGCAGGCCAAAAAACACACAAAGUAGGUCAACACUACACAAAGUAGGUCAACACUACACAAAGUAGGUCAACACUACCUAUUAAAAUACAACAAGUUUAUGUGACUUAAAAGUUUUUUUCAUUUAAUGACUUCAAUUUUUUCUUCUUUUUCACAACAAAUAACAUAUGAUAAGUUAUGCAGUAUGCAUCAGAUAAGUUACAAGCAGUUUGCAUCAAAUAAGUUAUAUGCAGUAUGCAUAAAUUUUGGUUCAUAUAUCAUUUCAAAGUUAAGUCCGGCGCCUACAAUUUCUAAGGGGCCCAAGUGUCUGAGGGACAGUGAACCAGCCCGCAAUUUUCUAAGGGACGGUGAACAGCCCAGAAGUGUCUAAAGGACAGUGAACAGGUCCACAAGUGUCAAAAGGACAGUGAACCGGCCCACAAGUGUCUAAGUGACAGUGAACCGGUCCACAAGUGUCAAAAGGACAGUGAACCGGCCCACAAGUGUCUAAGUGACAGUGAACCGGUCCACAAGUGUCAAAAGAACAGAGAUUUUCCACCUCCUUCUACAAAAAAUAGCUCGGGGUGUGGCCGAAAAUAUCGCCACUGAAAGUUCUAUAUGUCCUUGACUUCCUAUUUACACCAUCAAAGUAACCAAAUCAUGUUUUUAUCCAUUAACAGUGCUAGAUAUGUAUGUUUAAAACCCGAACAAUAAAUCGGGGAACGGUGUCUGGUAAGGGUUCCGAAAGUUUUUAAGGUGAAAUUCCACGGUUCAUAAGGGAGUUGAACUUUACCCUUAGAUAACACAGAUGUCAACUUUACUCUCCAAGAUGAAAUAAUAUGUCAGUUUGCUGAGGUAGGCUGCAAGAAACGCCUGGAGAAUUUCAGUAUCGUAUGUUGACUUAAACAAUUCAUCGGACUAGGCCUAGGCCUAGGCCCUUCAAAACAGUACAUCUACUAAAGCAAGACUCUAUGCUGCGUGCAAGGUUUAGAAUGGCUUGUUAGCAAAUCUAAUUUUAACAGCAAUUGUUGUCUUCUUUUAAAUAGUAAAUUAGUUUAGACUUACGGUAAAUUAGUUUAGACUUAAGAAAACGUAACUGAUUUUUGUUUAAAGUAUUGUUUUCUUUGCCUUGUGCCUUGUCAAGGGUUAUGACCAAUACGGCAAUGGUCCUUUGGUUUUUUUUAUGCAAUGAACGCCAUUGACAUUUUGAAUCUUAAUUACCAGAUUUGUAUAAAAAUCCUGCAGGCUUGCUCUCUCUCUGUUUGCUUAAUUGCCCAACAUUUUUUUUUCGAUAACCUCCAGCUGCAAUUGAACUGGUAUGUCCUCGGGAUUCCCAUAAAAUGGAUAUUCAAUUAGUUUAAGCUGAAUUUCUUCUUCUUUAGAAAGAGUAAGUUUUUUUUUUUUUAUCAAAUUCUUCUAACACAAGAUUAAUUUCAUUAGCAAAUAUUUUUUUUGCGAUACGACUUGCUUGUCUUGAGGCAUAAGCUGUGCACAAGUGGAAUAGGUGACCCAUUUCACCGUUUAGUAACUGGUUUUGGAAAAGUUUCAUUUUCAUUUUAAAAGCUUUUACUGCUGAAAAAAUUUCAAGUACAAGCUGUUGCUCCCCUCGAGGUUGAAUGCUCAGGCCAUUUGCUACGUCUUCUAGGAAUAUAGAUGUUUCUUUCUUCAAAGCAUCGAAUCGCUGAAUAACAGUCUCUCGGCUUAGACAUCUCACUUCUACAUGAUAUAGUAUCUCUCUGUAGUCGGAUUCUAUUUUUUCAAGAAAAGCUUCAAAAGCCGUAUGUUUGAGUCCUCUUGAUCUUAUAUAGUUGAUUAUUCUAACGAGUAGGUUUUGUUGAUUGAGAAUACAUACGCGCGGGAAACCAUAGUCGAUUUCGCUCGCGAAAGAGUAAUUGCGCGUGAAAGGUGUGCGUAUGUGAGUACAUGUCAAGAAGGGAGCUAGAUCCCAUGCAGCUAAUAAUAACCACAGCUGAGACACGCAGGCUGGCCCGUAAGAGCAGCAUUAGGUCACCGUCUGCAGCAGCUAUCCCCUGCCCGCGGUGCCAGAGAUUAUUCCGAGCACGGGUCGGUCUAGCAAGCCACCUACGAGCUCACCGUAACCCACCCUCCCCCUAACCGGAUGACUGGAGGGUUCUAGUCGAUUUCGGCGGUCGAACAACAAAUGUAACGGGGAAAUAAAACACGUUGUGAAUAUUUACACAACGAUAAAUAUGAAAUAAUAUAUUUUUAUUGAAUUUAAAAAAAAAACAUUCAUUUCAUUUAUACAAGGG